GCACUCUCCCUUUCUACAGCUAGUGCACUGCUGACUAGAAUAACUUCCCCUUUAGCAACAUGUGCUGAGUGGUGGAGAAAGCUUUGAGAAGUGGUUUUACUUGUUUUUAUUUCUGGGAGGGGGAAGUUGUGAAGUUAUUUUUGGAGAGGAGGGGAAAUAACCAAAGUUAAAGAGAGCUUCCCAGCAGGUUCCGAAAGAGAGAGCUCCGUGUCCUGAAGCAGAAGCAUUUCCUUGCGAGAUUGCUUUAAUAAUUUUGUGUAAAAUGCCCCAUGCUCGUCCCAGGAACCAGAGUCCAAUCCCAGAGGUGAGGUGGGACUCUGGUCUCAAGGAGAUGAAUGAGACCUGGAAGGGAGCUGUUGCCUGCCUCGGGGUGGCUGUCUUCUUUGUGAUGACCAUCGGGAUUAUUUACUGGCAAGUGGUGGACCAGCCAAACAAGAACUGGAUCUUGAGAGGGAGCACCAGUGGUCUCAUCUGGGAGCGAAGGUCUCACUCCCUCGUCCUGCAGACCCUGAGCGAGGAGAAGACCCUGGUGGAAAUCGCUGUGGGCAACUUCCCAGACAUAGAGCAGCCCUUUGUGAAGAACUUGUGCUGGCUCAACAAGACGGAGUUCUGCUAUACCUGGGAUGCGACGGCAGAUCUGGAGAUCUCCCUUGAACCUGGUUCUUCCGCCGGCACAGAGUGCUACACGAUAAACUGGACUCCUCUGCACUGCAAGAUUACACUAAAGGAUUGUUUUUCAAUGACUAAUGUCUCCUGGUACGGAGGAGCAAGCAUCAGAGCCCAGCGCUGGCCUUUGAACAAUGUGAAUACAAAGUCCCAGCCAUUUGUUAUCAGCAACCUCACCAAAAAUCCCACCGGCUAUGGAUCUGUCUUAGAAAAAUACUUUUUGGGAUCAACGGGGGUGACAGUAACAGUUGCACCAGACGUCCCCAUCUCCCUCUCAGUGGAGAGCAAUAGGCACUUCUGUCUUGAGAGCCCUUCCAGCAUAGCCAUGGUCCCCCUACAGUACAUGGUGUGCAUCAGUCAAAACAUCACGUCUGCCCACCAGGAAGUAGGGAGCCAGCUCUCAGAGCAGGAGAGGAGGCUGCCAAACACUGACAUAUUAAGGUUGCCAAUCUGGAGGCAUUACAAAGCAGCGGAUUCUGCUGCCAAAAUGGAGCGAGGAUUAAGGUCUUUCUUCAACAGAUUGAAAAGACAUCAUCUCGGGGAGGGGCUAAUUGCUCUCAACGAACAUUCCACAAUGUUACUUUCCAAUGCGGACCAUAUGCACUUGCCCAUGGCUAGUAGGAAGAUGCAUGCUCUGAGACACACCAGGGACUUCUCGUUAAUUAAACCUGUGAAGUUUUCCAUAACUCUGUCCCCGUAUACAAGCAUCAACUCCCAGCUGUUUCUGAUGUCUCUGCAAGAGGGCAAAGAAAAUUACUGGCUGAGCCUCCAAUCGAAAUUCGACAGCCACCCGACUCCUCUGCUUACCAAGUGGAAAGGGCAGUUUUCUGUCCGGCUGAACGUGACCAAUGAUGCUGCAAGAAGCUGGUACAUGGACAGGGUGAGCCUCUUGUGGCAGAGACUGGGAGCGCAGUACGUGACUUUUGAAGGUGCUGAAGGAAACAUGUUCGCAGAGCAGGCAAUCCAGCCACCCAGAGAACUGGAAGGGGAUAAAUACAUUGGCAUUUUUGCACUAAUGGCAGCUACGCUGGGAAAUUCGACAAUAAUUAGUGCCGUCACAAGAUCUAACCAUCUGCCACUCUUCAUUCAAAUGACCCCGCUCCAGUCGGACUGGAGUUAUGCUGGUUUGAAGGGAAUUAUACCUUCUGUGCUUCACUACAGUCUUCUUGGCUACAACUUCUUCAUUCCGGAUGCAGUAGGAGGGACCCUGGCAAAUGAGUUCCUGACAGAGGAAGAGCUGUAUAUUCGUUGGCUGCAGAUUGUGACUUUCCUUCCUGUGAUGUCCUUCAGCACUCCGCCAUGGGUCUGCUGUGACGACUGGGUACUGAAUCUCACUAGGCAAUACAUACAGAGGCAUCAAGAUUUUGUUGUCCCGCUCAUUCUAAAAUUCAGCAAGGAAUGGCUCUCCUGGGGGUAUCCCAUCUUCCGGCCGCUGUGGUGGCUCAGCCCCAAUGACCCAGUCACCUUCACUAUAGAUGACGAAUUCCUCAUUGGAGACGAGGUACUGAUCGCCCCAAUUACAGAACAAGGGCGAGUUCAGAGAGACAUCUACUUGCCUGGGGAAGGCCACAUAUGGAUGGACACCAACACCGCCCAGGUGUUUGAUGGAGGAACCUUAAUCAGGAACUACUCAGUCAGUCUUGUGGAGGUGCCAGUUUUUGUAAAAGCCUCCUAGAUUCCAGGCUGUCCCAGUUCUCACAAGAUUCACCUACUUCUCAGAAGAGUGAUGCUGACAAGACAUGCUCUCUUCCUGUUCUGCCAUUUGUGCUUUUCCAGGAACUCUUUUUUUUUUUUUUUUUAUAUAUACAAGUGUUUAAAUCUGUUAUUGUGAUUUGCUACCAUUCUAAAAUAGUGAAAUACUGCAGGAGCUCUGGUACAACAAAUACCCCCUGUGCACAUGCAACACAUCUGCUGAGAUCAUCCAGGGUCAUCUGACCCUAUCCUGUGUGUUAUCUACCAGGAAUGUCUCUGAUUACCUAGUAGUGAAAGAGAGACACCCUCAAAGCAGAUGGAUUCAAUGUCUACUGGAAAUAUUCCCCUGUUUGGGGGAAAAAAUCAUUAAAGUAAAGAGGAAGCUCUAACAGAGCCAGGUAUGGACAGACAGCAGGACUGGCUGUCUUGAAAAGAAACAGUCUUGGUUGACCAGGUCUAACUACCUGCUGGAGUCUUAGUGAAACAGGAUUGCAUCAUCACUUACCUUCUACAGACUGCAACGUUUGCGUUGGGAAAACUGCAGCAUCCAGUUCUGGGUCUUGUGUCAAUGUCUUUAUUUUUGUCUAGGAAAAAGUUGGAGACAAAACUUACUAAAAAGGAGAGGGCAGAGAAAGCUGUUCUGUAAUGUGUGGCUGCAGGUCACCAAUGUGAGGAGUCUUCUCCUUCCUUAUGGAUGAUUUGCCUUGUGUGGUUUUAGAAUAUCAGGGUUAGAAGGGACCUUAGGAGGUCAUCUAGUCCAACCCCCUGCUCAAAGCAGGACUAAUCCCCAGACAGAUUUUUACCCCAGUUCCCUAAAUGGCUCCCUCAAGGAUUGAACUCACAACCUUGGGUUUAGGAGGCCAAUGCUCAAACCACUGAGCUAUCACUCCUCCCAGCACACUAUCCUGUCUGCUGCCUUCUGCCCCUGCUUUCUCACCUCAGAGUGCUGCCCUCCCAUGGCUCGAGAACACCCCAAAACUGAAAUCAGCCUUAGUUUAUUUUUGGAACUAAGCAGCCUAUUUGAAGCAUAGGGAUGUGUGUAUUAUGCAGCAGCUGGGACUCAGUAAACCGAGGAAUGGCAGCACUUAAAACAUUCAAAAGGUUCUAGGAGGCUACAAAGAGAAGAUUAUUUUCUGUAACAUUAGGAGCUCAGCAAACACAUGAGGAUCUUAGCAGCUGAUAAGAUGCUACAGAGGCUGGACAUACAUAGUCUUAGCAUACCUGGGGGAAGUAACAGCUUCCAAGUGAAUUUAAAUGACCUUACCAAAGGGUGCAUAUAUAUAGGAGGAGUGGGCUCAGAUUUUCAAUGCUAAAAUUAAUGUAUAUGGUACAAUUUCUGUGUGUAUCCCAUGACAAGUACCCAGCUUCACCCAUGGCAAAUGUCUUACUGCUUUGCCAUACCCUUGGGAUAGAUGAGCCAGAUGCUUAGCUGGUAUAAGCCAGCAUAGUUCUAUUGACAUUAGUGGAGUUAGGCCAAUUUACACCAGCUGAUGACCCCUCUCAUCUUCCUUUUAGAUCAGGAACCGCUCAGGAUUUUCCUAAUCUUAUUAAGAGUAUCUAGGACUUUCUGGAGUGUGAGGGGGCCCCAGGGCAGUGUCAAAAUGCAGGGUGCCGCAAGGGGUCAAAGGCUGAGUAUGGGAGGGGGAGCCCUGUGUGCCACACGGGGAAGGGGCUCACUCUGACCACGCCCAGGAGGUUGCUGUGGCACAGGGUACAAGCUUAGCAUGAAAACAACUUGUGCCCUGUAGGAGACAGAAGAGGCUGGGAACAAAGAAGCGCCUCUUGGUGCUGCUCUGAUAGCAUUGAACGGCCUUUUAAAUGGAGUUCGAACAGAACAGAAUAGAUUUUAGCUGCUGCCCUGAGCUUGUAACUUGACAUGGUCCCCUCCAGGUAUUCAAUCUCAUCAGCAAUUUACAUGAAACAAAUUGAUAUUGCAGGCACCAUCCAAGGAUCCAUAUCAGCCCGUGGCUGUUUGUAAAAAAAAGGAAUUUGCUUCAGCCUCCUCCUGCCCCCCCUCAACCAGGGCCGUCCCUAGGCAUAUGCUAGGGGGGGUUACCAUAUUUCCACAAGCAAAAAAGAGGACAUUGGGGGGGGAGG